GAUAUGAGUGUAUUCCUUACAGUAUCAGCGAAUUCGACAGGUUAUGUACCCAGGAGAUCUGACAUUUCCCCACCAUUGAAAGGAAGUUUUCCGUUGGAUCACCGUGGUAUAUGUAAGGUUGCAAUGCUUGAAUGGACACAAUGUAUGAAAAAAAAUCAUUGGGACAAUUCUCUUUGUAGAUCAGAAGCAGCCGGUUAUUUACGCUGUCGAGCAGAGAAUAAACUAAUGGAUCCAGAUGAAAUAGAUUUGCUAGGUUUCACUGAAGAAGAAUGGAACAAAACUGAUAAUAAUAAUUUAAAACACUAAACUCAUGUGAUUAUUUCUCUUCUUUUCUUUGUCGAAAACUACUUGGAUGCAAAUUUAUUAGAAAAAAAUCCCUUGAUAAUAUUUUAAUAUGCUUUUUGCGAUUGCAGAUUACUACUUCUGAGAAGAAGAAAAAAUACAUAAAACGAAAAGGUAAUAAAGUUCACAAGAGCAAU